AUGAUUGCCCAACUAGUUAAACUGGUAACUAAAAGACCAUCGGGGUCGUUACCAAGUACGACGGAGAAUAACCCAAAGGAGCGAGUGAAUGAUAUAUCAAUUUGUCAGGAAUCUGAAUCCGAUAUGGUUGUCAUGGAAACACAAAGAACAAUGCAAGGACACAAAGGAAAAGAAGUCAUGAGAUCAGAUGUCAAGACAGAUACAAAAAACACUGCAAAGACGGUGACGUCUCGUUAUCGCCCGCAAGCCUUAAAACAGAUGGUAAAUAUGGCUAAACUUGAACAACAAGGUAAAUUUAAUGCUUUGCUUAGGAAAUUGUAUGUUAUCAUGCCUCUGAUAAACACACUGAAAAACCUACCUAGAUCAACUUGCAAAAAGAAAGAACAUGUUCUACAAAAGAAAGAGAUUCAUGAGGAAUCUCAUGCCCACCUCAGUGUGGCGUGUUCUGAUGUUCUGGAAAAGGGGUGCCACAAAAAGGAUGGUGACCCCGGCGUGUUUGUAGUGCCAUGUGCUAUCAAUGACACAUUCAUUGGAGAUGCACCAGCCGAUCUAGGCGCCUCUGUUAAUGUUAUGCCCUCGUGUGUGUCCGAAAAGUUGAACGUGCCUUUGACACCGACCCGUAUGACCAUCCAACUUGCCGAUGGACCAGAAUUGAAAAAUGUGCCAUUAAUAUUUGGAAGACCGUUCUUGGCAGCACAACAAGCCGUUAUUGACGUGAGCGUCGAUAAUCUUACCUUGCGCCUCAAUGAUGAAGAAACCAAGUUCGGCAAGGACGUCAGAAAAGGAAGCAACAAGAUGGUUCUACCAAACAAUGAAGGAGAGGAAGUCGAGGUAACAUUAAAAAGAUAG